CCCCAAAAUUAAAUUCCCCCAUCCCCAAAAUUAAAAUCCCCCUCAUCCCCCAAAAUUAAAAUCCCCCUCAUCCCCCAAAAUUAAAAUCCUCCUCAUCCCCAAAAAUUAAAAUUAUUGAGGUUUCUUUGGGCUGCCUCCCUCAGGAAUUAAAUUAGAAAUGAAUUUAUAUUCGUUACGUGGCUUAUUCAAUCCUUAAAAAGGGGCCAUUUUCCCACUCCUGCCCCCUCCCCACAAAAAAAAUUGAAUUUACAGGUGUAUACUAAAGAAUCCAAUCCUUUUUUCAUGCUUCAGAAAUGACAGAAUAGCCUUAUCGCUAUUUAUUUAUUUUUUAUUCCCUUUUAUCCCCCUUCCCAAAGUCUACCUAAGGGUCGUUACAGUUUCCACGUAGCCCCCCCGCCUAUUUCAGAGACCCCCAAAUAUCCCAUUGGGAGAACCCUUAUUUUUCCCAUCUGCUUUCAAGAUGGCCCAAUUCCAAAAGACCAUCCUAAACCCUCGACUUUCCUUCCCUGACUCCCUUUUUAAAACCACCCCUAACUAUGAUUUCUGGACUUCCGAAGUCUAGAAAUACAAAAUGUGGUGCUCUCCUAGGCUCAGUCCCUGGGCUUUGUCUCAAGACCCCCAGACCUGGCUUGUCUUCGUCCUCAGAUCCUCCUAUGGCCAUGUCGUCCCCUCCGGCCCCACCAGCUAAAAAACGGAAGAUGAACUUCUCGGAACGGGAGGUGGAGAUCAUCGUAGAAGAACUCGAGCGGAGCAAGCACCUGCUCAUCAACCACUUCAACGCGGGCGUGCCGCUGACUGUCAAGGCCGCCGCUUGGCACAACAUCCUGCGACGGGUCAAUGCGGUGGCGACCUGCCGCCGGGAGCUGCCGGAAGUGAAGAAGAAGUGGUCGGACCUCAAGACAGAGGUACGGCGCAAAGUCGCUCAAGUCAGAGCUGCUGUAGAAGAUGGUGGCAAUGACCAGGAAGGAGGUGGGGAAGUCCAGGAGGUUGAAGAAGACGCGACAGGGACCUCUGCUACCCCAGUGAUUCUCACCCCCAUGCAGCAGCGUAUCUGUAACCUUCUGGGAGAAGCCACCAUCAUCAGCUUGCCCGCGGGAAGCUGCACCGGCACCCAUACAUCGGAAAUACCCAUUACAGCUGCCGCAACCACCGUCACUCUUACACAGAUUCCGGCAGAGAUGACGUACCACAGCCUGGAAGAGGGCGUGGUCGAGUACUGCACCACCGAAGCCCCCGCCACCGUCACCGCCGAAGCCCCCUUAGAGAUGAUUACCCAGCAAGCCGAAGUGUCCGCCAAACCCCAGGAACUGAAAACCAGGAUCGCGCUGAACUCCGCCAAGCUCCUGCAGGAACAGCGAGUGACCAACCUGCAUGUCAAAGAGAUCGCCCAGCACCUCGAGCAGCAGAACGACCUGCUGCAGAAAAUCCGCCACUCUCAGGAGGUGCAGGCCUGUGCGCAGGAACGCCAGGCCCAGGCCAUGGAAGGGAUGCAGGCCGCGCUCAACGCCCUCAUCCAGAUCAUGCACCCCGUGAUUAAGGACUUCCGGCGGUUUUUACAGAGCAACACUCCCGUCACCCCUUCGGGGACCACCGAUCCGAGCCAAGCAACCCAGAACGGACAGGACAGCCUCAUUCAAUGAAAUUUCGGGGGUGGGGAGGGGAAUCCUCUAAACCCAAGCUCGGCCUAGGAAGAGGCGACAGGCGUCCUGUUUUAUGCCAGCCAAUGGGUUUAGAAGCCAAAACCCCCCGCUCUGGAUUACUUAACUUACCCGGCUCAACUCUUGUCCUUUUUUAAAAAAAUCAUUUACUCAGUUCCUUGACUCUGCUAGGAAUAAACCAUAACUUUAAAUGUUCAAUUUUAAAGGAAAAGAUUGGCAAAAUAGAUUUUUAUACAAACAGAACUCAGCCUUUCUCUCUCUCUCUUUUUUUUUAAAUUGGUCAAAGAGUUGCUGUUUUCAGGAUUUCAGGCUAGGAGAAAGAGAGGUGAUGGUCUCCGCCAUCGCACUUAAAAGAAUUCUUGGAACUGAAGUCCAAGCUCAGAGAAAGGAGACCAGGUUGAAAGAGGCUGGACCACAAGUAGCCAAAUCAAUGCGAAUAAUUGAUUGUAGACGCUG